UAGGUGUGUCAACUGGAAGGAAAAUAAGGAACCUUUUUAAGCUAUCAACUUGGUUGUUUUAACCACCAUUUCUUCUCAGCUUGAACAAUCCCACUUGAAAGACACAUCCACCACCUCUUUUUUCCCAUGCACUUAAUUCUUACACAGAAUUAAGCUCGAAACAAUGCCUUCUUGCCUUAGGCAGAUGCCCAUCGAAGAUGACUCUGCGAUACUCUUCUCAACUUCUAAUUCCCCAGAAGAAUCCAGUGCUAGCCCUUCCUCUUCCUUCUAUCACUCACCAAGUGCAGCACCUCAAAAUUCCAAAACAACUUACAAACUAGCUGUGAGAAAUCUUUCCUACACUAUUCACCCACAUGGGUCACUAGCCACUUCAUUUUGUCACUUGGUACAAAAGCCUAAGCCCAUCAACAUACUCAAGUCAGUCUCCUUUGUUGCCAGGAGUUCAGAGAUUCUAGCCAUUGUUGGCCCAAGUGGCACUGGGAAAUCUACUUUGCUCCAAGUAAUAUCAGGAAGGGUUAAGGAAAAAUAUUUUGAUCCUAAAACUAUCUCAAUCAAUGAUCAGCGUAUGAGUAGUCCAGCUCAGUUGAGAAAGAUAUGUGGCUUUGUGGCACAGGAAGAUAAUCUACUUCCAUUACUCACUGUAAAGGAAACUCUGAUGUUCGGUGCCAAGUUUAGGCUCAAAGAAAUGAAUGCUAAAGAGAGAGAAUUAAGGGUGGAGAGCUUAAUGCAAGAGCUUGGUCUUUUGCAUGUUGCGGAUAGUUUUGUUGGAGAUGAAGAGAAUAGAGGGAUAUCUGGUGGAGAAAGGAAAAGGGUGUCUAUUGGAGUUGACAUGAUUCAUGACCCUCCAAUUUUGCUCCUGGAUGAGCCAACUUCAGGCCUAGACAGCAAGUCAGCGCUACAAGUAAUUGAGCUGCUCUCUUCAAUUGCAAAAGGGAAGGAAAGGACAGUGGUUUUUUCUAUUCACCAACCAAGCUAUAGAAUUCUUCAAUACAUUUCCAACUUUUUGAUCCUCUCUCGUGGCUCGGUUGUCCAUAAUGGUAGCCUUGAAUCACUUGAGGGAAUUAUAAAUGAACUGGGCUAUCAAAUUCCAAUGCAACUCAAUGCUUUAGAAUUUUCCAUGGAAAUUAUAUCUACACUAGAGGAUUCAUAUUCCAAAGCAAUCAUGUCUACUGUAGAAGAGGAGGGGCAGUAUUCCUUCUUGAUGUGGCCAGCAGGGGCAUUAGGCAGAGUUCCACAAUACAAAGAUGGCGGACAAAUGGGUAAUUGUUAUUUUUCCUUUUUUUUUGAGAUCAUGUUUUUGUGCUCAAGAUUUUGGAAGAUUAUUUAUAGAACAAAGCAGCUGUUCUUGGCAAGAACAAUGCAAGCUAUUGUGGGGGGAUUUGGUUUGGGAAGCGUAUACCUGAAAGUGAGAAAAGAUGAAGGAGGUGUUACAGAACGAUUGGGACUAUUUGCAUUCAGUCUUAGCUUUCUUCUUUCUUCCACAGUUGAAGCUCUCCCGAUAUACCUUCAAGAGCGGCGAGUUUUGAUGAAGGAAGCCUCAAGAGGCGCCUAUAGAAUAUCAUCCUAUUUGAUUGCAAAUACUAUUGUCUUUCUGCCCUUCUUAUUUGUGGUAGCUCUUCUUUUUGCUGUUCCAAUAUAUUGGCUUGUAGGACUUAAUUCAUCCAUCACUGCUUUUGCGUUUUUCACCUUUAUUGUCUGGCUUAUUUUGUUGAUGGCUAGCUCCCUAGUGCUCUUCUUAAGUGCAGUCUCACCGGAUUUCAUUUCUGGGAAUUCUCUCAUCUGCACAGUUCUUGGAGCCUACUUCCUCUUCUCUGGCUACUUCAUUCCAAAAGAUAUCAUCCCAAAAUAUUGGCUCUUUAUGUAUUAUGUGUCCCUUUAUAGGUACCCAUUGGAUUCACUUCUCAUAAAUGAAUACUGGAGUGUGAGAAGUGAGUGUUUUUCUUGGCAGGAUCAAGAUCAUUCCCAGUGUUUGCUGACAGGAUUGGAUGUGUUGAAGAGUAGAGGACUCGACAAGGACACUAGGUGGAUGAAUGUGGGGAUCAUGUUUUGCUUCUUCGUGUUCUAUCGUGUGCUUUGUUGGAUCAUUCUUUCUCGAAGAGCUUCCAAAACGACAAUAUAAUGAAUGAGUUUGUAUCUUGAAUCAUCAUCAACACAGCAUUGCUAGUUACCAUAUAUUCACUACAAAAACUGGCACAUGAACUUUUUUACAGUGGAGAUAGCUGUUUUUCUUAUUCAUAAGCUGUUUUUCUUAUUCAUAUAAAUGAUGCAUCUAGCAAAUUAACUACAUGAACUUUAAGUCAUGUAAUUCCCAAUUAUCAACUUGUAAUGUUUGUAAGAAAAUAUUAGAAAUACUGAUGAAAUUGUAAUCCAGCAAACUUGUAAGCUUCAUCUAGAAAUAACAGUAUCACAUUCCAGUUUUGAUACCAA